AUGGCUUCCGCUCCUUCUAUGUCAGUUUCUUUAGAAUGCGUGAACGUGUGUAAGCUGUCGAAAGGGGAAGGCAGUGGGAAGUAUGACUGUAGUAUGUUCUCUUGUGCGUGGAAAGCUCCGAGAGUCUUGACGGGGUUCCUUGCUAGCACAGCUCAUUCUCCUCAGUGUUCUUGGCUGCCGUAUGGACGGAAUGGGAGAAGAAAUCGGAUGAAUCAUGUAAGUUGUUAUGCAAUUUGGAAUUAUUGUUGCCAUUCUACUGAGGCUUCAGACUUUGUACUUCUUGGACAACUUUGUAAAUCAGGUUUAGUUCAUGUUGCUGGUAAGAGGUGGCAGCUGCACUGUUCUUCUUCCUUGUCCUCAAAUACCUCUUAUGACGUUUCUCCUGAAGGAUUGUGGGAGGAUCUUAAGCCGACUAUCUCAUACCUCUUGCCUGAAGAACAAGAACUUGUCCACAAUGCUCUUAAGCUGGCUUUUGAGGCCCAUGAUGGUCAAAAGAGACGCAGCGGAGAGCCCUUCAUCAUUCAUCCGGUUGAAGUUGCACGUAUAUUAGGGGAACUUGAAUUGGAUUGGGAGUCCAUUGCUUCUGGUUUACUACAUGACACAGUCGAAGAUACCAAUGUUGUUACCUUUGAAAGGAUAGAGGAGGAGUUUGGUGCUACUGUUCGUCAUAUUGUAGAAGGAGAGACUAAGGUGUCAAAGUUGGGAAAGUUGAAAUGUAAGGGUGAACACGAUUCUGUUCAAGAUGUAAAAGCAGAUGAUCUACGGCAGAUGCUUCUAGCCAUGACAGAGGAGGUCCGGGUUAUCAUUGUCAAGUUAGCUGACAGAUUACAUAACAUGCGCACUCUUUCACACAUGCCUCCACAUAAGCAGUCCAGCAUUGCAAGGGAAACAUUGCAGGUCUUUGCUCCUCUAGCAAAGUUGCUUGGGAUGUACCAAAUCAAGUUAGAACUUGAAAACCUUUCCUUCAUGUACACAAAUCCUGAAGAUUAUGCAAAGAUCAGGAGAAAAGUGGCAGAACUCUACAAAGAGCAUGAGAAAGAACUUGUAGAGGCCAACAAAAUUUUGGUGAAGAAGAUUGAGGAUGACCAGUUCUUGGAACUUAUGACUGUGAAAACUGAAGUUCGUGCUGUAUGUAAGGAACCAUACAGUAUCUAUAAAUCUGUUCUCAAAUCUAAAGGUUCAAUCAAUGAGGUUAAUCAAAUUGCACAGCUUCGUAUUGUUAUCAAACCAAAGCCAUGCCUUGGCACAGGGCCUCUGUGCACCCCACAGCAGAUUUGCUACCAUGUUCUUGGGUUGGUUCAUGGAAUCUGGACCCCUAUUCCUCGAACUAUGAAAGACUAUAUUGCCACCCCAAAACCUAAUGGCUAUCAGAGUCUCCAGACAACUGUAAUUCCCUUCUUGUAUGAGAGCAUGUUGCGGCUUGAAGUGCAGAUAAGAACAGAAGAGAUGGACCUGAUAGCCCAAAGAGGCAUUGCUUCUCAUUAUAGUGGGAGAGGAUUUGUUACUGGUUUAGUCGGCCGCACUAUCCCUGGUGGUAGAAGUUCACGAGGGAAGACUGUCUGCCUUAAUAAUGCAAACAUUGCACUCAGAAUUGGCUGGCUCAACGCAAUUAGAGAGUGGCAAGAGGAGUUUGUUGGCAACAUGAGCUCUAGGGAAUUUGUCGAAACUAUCACUAGAGAUCUAUUAGGCAGUCGAGUGUUUGUGUUUACUCCAAGGGGAGAGAUAAAAAAUCUUCCAAAAGGAGCAACUGCUAUUGACUACGCCUAUAUGAUACACACUGAAAUUGGCAACAAAAUGGUAGCAGCAAAGGUCAAUGGUAAUCUUGUUUCUCCUAUGCAUGUACUUGCAAAUGCGGAAGUUGUUGAGAUAAUCACUUACAAUUCACUGACCGGAAAAUCAGCAUUUCAGAGGCAUAAGCAGUGGUUGCAGCAUGCAAAAACACGCAGCGCUCGACACAAAAUUAUGAAAUUCUUAAGGGAGCAAGCUGCCCUAUCUGCUGAUGAAAUAACAGCAGAUAAAGUAAAUGACUUUGUUGCUGAUUCUGAAGAAGAUAGUGAAGCAGAAGAGCUCCCCAGUACCUCCAAAGGAUACAUACCUUUGUGGGAGAAAAUGCUGGUGAAUGUUGUAGGAUUGGCAUUGCCGGAACGAAGUCCUAAAGAUCCCUUCCAAAUUACCAAUGGAAACGCUCGGGUUUCUGUUCCCAAGGUGAACGGGAAACAUAAUAAACAAGCUCGACAUGUGAGUUUGAAGGCUGAGGGGGAAUUGUUGUCGCAAGGAAAUGGUGUUGCCAGAUUGUUGCAAGCUAAUAUUCCUAUGUACAAGGUAGCCUUGCCCAGUUUGGAAAGUUGGCAAGCCAGCAAGAUUACCUCUUGGCAUAACGUUGAAGGGCACUCCAUCCUUUGGUUUUCCGUGGUUUCCAUCGAUCGAAAAGGUAUGAUCGCUGAGUGGCUUAGGGCCGAGAUCCUCUGGAUGCGCAGGAUGCGUGUCCUCAGGAGGUUGCUUCGCAAGUACCGUGAGGCAAAGAAGAUUGACAAGCACAUGUACCAUGACAUGUACAUGAAGGUCAAGGGUAACGUUUUCAAAAACAAGAGAGUGCUCAUGGAGAGCAUCCACAAGUCAAAGGCCGAGAAGGCAAGAGAGAAGACUUUGUCUGACCAGUUUGAGGCCAAGAGGGCCAAGAACAAGGCUAGCAGGGAGAGGAAAAAUGCUAGGAGGGAAGAACGUUUGGCUCAGGGACCUGGAGAAAGAGCACCAGUGGCUGCUCCCGCUGCUGAACCCGCACAGGCAACUAAGCGAUCCAGGAACUAAGUCUUCCUAUGAAGAUAACUGAUAGAUGGAUUGCUGUUGAUGGUCCAUGUACUUCAAGUUGUUUUGAUAGGCUAGUUUUAAAAAACCAGCAUCUUUGUUUGUUUUGGACCAAAUUACUUUGCUUUGUAGUUGAAAGAAGUUUCAGAAUCUUUGUACUUUGUAUGAAGUUUCGUAUGUUUUGUUAUCUAUAUUUUGGUUUUUGCACUUGA